AAGGAAGGGGGCAGGGGAUAAUUAAUGAUGGUUGAAUGUGAUGAUCAUUAUUAGCCAAAGUACAUGUAUGAAGAUACAAAUUGGUAUGACUAUACUGUGUAUACAACCAGAGAUAUGAAAAAUUGAGCUUUAUAUAUGUACUAAGAAUUGUAAUGCAUUCCGACGUUAUAUAUAAAUAAAAAUAAAUAAAAAAGCUUGAAGUAGAAAAAGUCGUGUUAAGGCCUACAGAGGUAACAUACCUGCCCUUUUUACUUCAUUACAUUUUCUCAAAAAUGUACUGCAGACAGAAAGGGCUCAGCGAGCACUUGGUGAAGGAAGAGGAAUUGGAUGUUUGCUUUAAAUAAAACCAGUAUAGUUUCAAAUUUUCCUUGCUUAAAAUUUGAGUAUAUCGGAGUGUAAAACUUGUAGAAUCUCCACAAGAAUAUCAUUAGGAAAUGAACACCUCAAGCUCUGAUUUGAUUAAAACCAUGAGAUGCUCAGAACCUAGAUAGGAUUCCUCACAGUUCUUCAUCAUUUUAGAUACUUAAGUAUAAAUUACAGUAUAUUAAUUUAAAGCACAGUUCCUGAGAUUUAUGACUUCAAAGUUGAAACAUAUGGCUUUGUAAUAUUUGUUUAGAUACUGAAAUUAGUUGGACUCCCUAAAAAAAUUCUGGAAGAAAAACUAACUUACAAAUGUGUUUAUUACAUUGAAGAUGGGGCCAAAUUGAAUCAGGAGCAUAAAUUUGAUGCUUUAUAACAAUGUGUUAUAUCCUGGCAAAAUUAAAGAAUUUCAUUGGUAUACAUAAACUCAGCAGAGAAAUGAAUAAUAAUCAGUGUUUAUGAAUUAUAAUUAAUGGAUAUAUGUGAAUGAUAUAAAAAUCUAUAAGAUAUUUGUCUUCAUUUUACUCUACUUAGGGCCAAUUCUUUAAGUGUAACUUUGGUAGAAGAAUCUUUGAGUUUAAAUUAGGUUUUCGUUUGAAUGGAAUACUGUAGUAGUAAGUGAUUUUUGAAAGUUCUUGGCUGAUUUAACCUUUCAAAAUAGCCUGAGGCAUUUUGUUUGGGAUCAAAACUACCAGCAUUCUCCAAAUAAGGAGUUAACGUUCAGGAGUAAUAAUAGGAUUUGAAAACAUAAACUUGGCACCAAAGAGGUCCCUUAUCGACAGCAUAAAGGUUCAGGGUUCUCGGUGGACUUUGCUUUCAGAGUCUACAGACUGUCGUGUUUAGGCUCACAAAGGUAACAUGCCUGCCCUUUUGCCUUCCUACCUCUGGUGGAAACAGCUCACCUGGUAGCUGAUACGUGAGGCACACAGUUGUAUGCGGACACCAGGGCUGCAGUCUUGCAGGCCAGGUCGGAGUCCCCCAUCUGUUGUGCUGCAUUUGACUUGUAGCACUUGUUUCCUAUUGGUGAAUGAGUGAGUGUCUUUCUUUGGAUUAUUGCAGAAGCAGGUUAAUUAUCACACACUUUGGAGCAUUGCUAUUGGAACUGGAAUUCUGAAUACACAAAAACAUGUUUCUUCAGAUCAUGUAUUUGGUAUGGCUCAGUGCUGUACUUUCUUGACUUGGUUUGCAUCUAUAGGAGAAGAGUGAAAUUGCUGUUUUAACUUCAUUACCUUCAUUAGUGAUAUUGUUAUAUUUGACUAUAAAAAAUAAAUGUGCCAUAAUCCCAGGAGGUGAAUAAAAUACUGCUCUAGCUUUAUGGACCCAACUUGAAAUUAAAUUAUCAUUAUUAUUCCCAACAGCCAGCAGGAUAAAAGGGACAUCUUUCCAUUUAAAAUAGGAUUGUGACUGUGGAAUUAUGUAUAUUUUCAUUUUUCUGGGAUAAAAAAUGGCUUCCGAUAUUUUAUAAUUUAGUGUCAUGUUAGAAAUUUCAUUUCAUGAUCAUUUGUUCAUUCACAUGUAUUUUUAUUUUUAGCUCUAAGCGAAAGACAUGAGGCCUCAGCCUGAAAUGAGGUGUGGUUUUGAGGUCAUCCGAUUUCUGGCUAGAAGUGUGCGGUCGCCUCGUCCUGAAACCACUCCACACAGAAUGGUUUGCAAUUUUUUUUGGUGAUGGCAUGUUCAGAAUCUUGGAUCCUUAAGUUGACCAUAUUGGAAAUACUUAGGAACCUUGGAAGUUAAUGUUGUUUUUGAAUCUAUAAAUGACUUACUAGGUGAAUUAGUAGAUUUAAUAAAAAUAUAUAAAAGAAGUUCGUUCCUGUAAGUCGGCCUGAUGUCUCAUACUCUGGAGAUAGUGGUCUUUUCUCAGCCUGGGGCGUCAUGGGCCUCCUGUUUUCCCAGGCAGUUUAUGGCAUUCCUCACACAACUGUUGGGUUAGCUUGUUUUCUUUUGCAUCUAUCUGCCUUGCAGCAGGAAGUUACUUAGAUCAGAGAUAAUUAUUGAUAAAGGAUAAAAAAGAGAAAAAAGAAGUGAAAUGACAAUCCUAAAAGUAGUAAUCAUAAAAUUUAAACCUGAAAUUGUCCCAGAAUGGUCAAGAAUACACAGAUGUAUCCAAGUUAUUCACAGAAACAUUUCUGGCAGAUGCUGCCAAUUUGCAAUAUUAGCAUCGCGUAACGAGGAGGGAAAAGAGCUAUGGUUUUUCACCUCCUCCCUUUCACUUGUCAGGUGAAUGAAUUAGUAGAAAGCAAAGUGGCUGAAAGGUAGGCAAUGUAAGUUCAAAGGAAAAAGAAAAACAACUGAAUCUUCAGGGAGGAUUAGUCCCCCUUAAGGCUUCCUUUCAGGGACCCAUGGAACACAUUUCCUGUUUCCAGCUGUGGACCCAGGUGUGGACACGGGUAUUCUUGGGGCAGAUGGAGAACUGUUGCUGGGUGCCAUUCUUGGUGGUUGUCUUUUACCAACUUCUCCUAUUCCUGCUGGGAUUAAAGGACUCUGGGAAUGUUCUGGAACAGUAACUUUGUCAGGUUUUCUUAAGAUUUCUUUUAGAAGGCUUUUAGAAGCUAAAGGGCUUAUCCAUUACUGUUCCCCUCCCCGCCUUUGUUUUGCUUUGUUAUAAGGAAAAUUGACUGAUGUAUAUUUAAUAGAAGGUACAUUGAGAACAUUAGUUUUUUUUAAAAGCCACAUUACGUUUUAAUAUAAAACAACUGGCAUUUUAAAAUCUCUUCAUCUGUGAUACUUUUGUCAAUCGAGGUGUUUCCUCUUAGUCAAUUCUAGCCACACUAUUGACUGGGCUUCGGCAUUUGAUAUACUUGGAAAGAAUUAGCCAGGCUAGAAAAUCAUGGUCCCCACUGGAAUGAAUAUUUUAAAAACCUUCUUAAAUUCUGAAAACUGUGACUACAGAUGAAAGAGACCCAAGAGGGUGAAAAAAUUAAGAGCCUGACAAUAAAGAGUGUGGGUAGGGCCAGGGUAGAUUUUGUGGAGGUGACCUAGAGUGCACUGGAGGAGGAGGUCUUGUGGCGAGGUGGGGCUGGGGUGGCGGGGGCAGGGGCCAUCCUCUGUUCUUCAGGUAGCUCCACUAGUGUGCUGCAGUAUUGUAAGGAUAGUGAUAUGGAAAUAAACAGGUGCAUUACCUAACAGUGAGUUUGAUUUUGUUCUGGUGUGUUCCAAAUAGUGAUGUGACUCAAAAGAUUAGCUUAACUUCAAGUAAAUAUCAUAAAUAUUAAAGAAAAUGUUUCUAGUUAAGUUCCUGUUGUACAACUUAAUAAAAUAGACAACUAAGCAUAGAGGAGAACGAAGCCAUGUAAAUAGUUGUGGUUGAUGGUUGCUUCCUAGAAACUUAAUAAAACAUUCAGUUUUAUGAUUCACAUUUUAGUAUUCAGAUUUUAGGUUGACCUCAUUGUGCUAUGGGAGUAGUAUAGUUGUCCAUGGAAGUCCGCUUCCUGGUCACUGCCCUCCACAGCUUGCACAUUCCUUGGCAGUUCAGAGAUCUGACUCCGUUUGCCCAAGGACAAACAAAACUCUACUAUGUGCGUAGGAAGCUAGAGAAAGUGAGCAGAAGCAAUGGCCCUGUGCAUUGGAAGUGUUAGACCAGCUCCUCCUGGAAAUCUGAAAGCAUGACUCCUGUUUUAGUCAGUCUUUUCUCCUCUGUGACCAAAAGACAUGAAAAAAACAAUUCUAGAGAGGGAAGGAUUUAUUUGGUAAUCACAGUUUCAGAGGUCUCAGUCCAUAGAUGGCCAGCUGUUAGCCAGAGGUGAGGCAGAACAUCAAGGUGGAAGGGCCUGGUGAGGAAGGCAGCUCAGGACAUGAUAAUCAGGGUGACUUACCAGGGACAAAGUAUAAACCCCAAAGGCAUGCCCCCUGUGACUCCCCUCAGCCAGCCACACCCUACCUGCCUACAGUUCCCACCCAGUGAGUCCAGUCAGGUGGAUCAGUGCCUGAUCAGGGUAAGGCUCUCACAACCCAGUCAUUCCACCUCUCAGUUUCCUGAACUCUGGGGGACACCUCGCAUCCUAAUCUUGGCUCUUUUCCCUGAGACUGCAGCACGGACAUGGCAUUUUGUGUGGUUCCUGUCCAUGCAGGACAUACCUUUGACUGCCUGUCAGGAAGCCCUGAUCUGAAAGAUUGUCCUCCCUUUACUUCUGCCCUUGCUUCAAUUUUGCUCUCUCCCACUGUCAGUAGUUCUCUGUCACCUUGGAGUGGGAUGUCUACCCUGGAAGGAUGUCGAUUGCCUCUCCAAACAGCUCCUGCUCUGAGUUGAGAACUUCAUAAAGAAAUAGACCAGAACUCUGCAGAGGCUGCCCCCAUUUAGGCAUGUACAAACUAGAGCCCAAGGCUUAUACAUAGUGAUGCCUCUUGCUGGAGAAGGUUUUGUUUCACGAUAAGUGAAAUAUUGUUUUUAAAAUGAGCAUGCUUUUUUUCCCUAAAAAUUCUGGUUAUUAUGAAUUCUUUCUCCCUAAGUGUGAAUUUUUCUCAUAUCUUGGGUGUAAAAUGUGUACUUGAAGCUAUAAUAGUUGCUAGAAAUUUGAGAUUCAUUGUUUUGUGACUUUUAAAUUUGCAGCACAUUUUCAGGAAAAUAGUCAAGGUUUCCAGAUUCCAUUUUAUUCCUUUCAGAUUUUGUGAAUGUCUGAUUAUCUCUGAAUUUUAUUAAUUCAUUUAUAAGUUUAGGAAAGACUAUCUUCAGUUAGAAAAGUAUUUCAACACAAAGGUCCAUUUGAACGGCUCCACAGUGAAAUCACAGACCAUCUGCUUGGUAUGUCAUUCACGGGACUUUCCUGCAAAAUUCAGCUUCACUCAGAAGGUCAUCCUUGGAAAACGAAGAAGUCUGAAGAGUCUCUGCUCUUGGGACUAAGUGAACAGAAGGGCGUGUGUCCUCAGGGUAACAGUGCAACAUAUCCUGGAAGCAUCUUGGACCGCAUCGCUGUUGGUACCUGAGGCAAGACUUGACCUUCGUUUACGAAUUGGACCUACAAGGUGUAAGCUGAUCUAUAUAACAUAGAUUUAAUGUACGCAAAAUACAACCUUCACCCCAAAACAUUUCUGUCAGUACAGUCUGUUGUUAAUAACCCACACUGGUAGAGGGGAGCCUGGAUCAGACAACUUAACUGAAGUCAGACAACAUUCAGGAUUUGAAGGUAUUUUUGUAGUUCAUUUUAGCAUACAGUGUUUGGGAUUCUACACAUGUGCCUUACAAUUUUCUGUCCCCAGAGAGAGGGACCUGAGAGAGGAGCUCGAAUUGAUCCAUGCUUCAGAUACCCAUUUUACUGGGGAGAAAACAUCAAGCACAAGAUUCUAAAAUUGGGUGGAGUCCUGUGACAUUUCUCCUGCUUACACUUUCCAAGUAAAUUUAUUACAUUUACUUCUAGCUUUUCAGAAUGAUGCCCAGUUUUAGUCACUGCCUUAAGACCAUCCAGGUCAGUCUUCCCUCCUGUGGUCAGGUGUUAUUCUGCUGAAGAUGAGAGUUUUCAGCUGUUUCAUUGUGAGAAUGCGCCUACUGCCUUUUAUUCUACCUCCCUUCCUAUGGGGAGUAGACUUGUUCUAGUCAUAGGUGUCUUUAGCCUCUAAGGUUUGCCUGUAAUAAUUCAUGGAUUCUAAAUGUGGCCUUUUGGUUGUGCUGUUGAGGUGGUCUCUACGGGACAAUUGCUCUUCUCUGGGCAUGGCUCGGGGUGGUUUCCAGCCUUUCCUUCCAACCACUGCAUUCUCCUCAGGCUAGGAGUGGGUCUUAGCACGCCCCAGGGGUGGGAGGAUGCAGAGCGACUCUGGAAGCUGGCUAGCUCCUCCAUCAGUUAAGGAGAUAGCUGAAGAAAGCCACCUGUUUACCUCAGGUGCUAUUAAAAACACAUGUGCAGAGAAGGCCACGGUUUUAGGCCCACAUGAACCCACAUUGAAUUUGCAUUGUCUGUUCAGGUGUGUCUUACUUUAAAACAAUUACAAUAAUAACAACCCUUUAAAAAAAAUUUCACAUACCACUGAUUAAGAUACUGAAUUUUUUCUUGUAGUUUUCAGAAACAUUGCAGAUGUGUUUUGUGUAAGAGAAUAUAUUGUAUAUAAUAAUUUUCUGACUCUUGCUCUAAUAAAAAUUAAGUUGUCUAAUUAUUCAAAACCUAAUAGUUUUACUUUUGAGAAAAUUUUAAAGCAUGACUAUUUUUACUUUUCAUUCUCAGAAGCUUGUAUGUGUGGUGUGCAUGCGUCACAUAAUCACACCCCUCUUUUCUCCAGUGAGAGUCUCUGAACUGUUCUGAGCACUGUAUAGUAGGGGGACCCCAAGGCAUAUCAGGCUUUUCUGUGUGAGUAGCAGAAACUUUGUUCUAAUGAAGUAGCUUGUACUUGAGUUUUAAUAAGGACCUUUUUUGUUUAAAAUAUGCACACGAAGUAAAGGAAAGGAAAUGGACAAAAACAUCUACAAAUAAGUCAAUCUAAAUCAGGGUCUGGAGCUAGUCUCCCUAAAGUUAACAGUGCUAGUGAGUCAGUAGGCAUGGCAGGGACGGGGGUGGGGAUGGGGGCUUCCUUCUGGAAUCAGCAGCGGUGUGGGCAGUGUGUUCGCUGUGUGCUGUGUCUGAAGCCAACGUCAGGAGACCUUGGCUACUGAAAGUUCACCCCGUAGCUCUGGCAUAAUUGGUGGUGGUGGUGGUGGUGGAGUGUCCCUUUGCAGUAAAACAGGGACACGGUAGGGACUUCAGAUGUUAUUUUCAAUAGAAAAAUUCCUUUGUACUUUAUGCCCUUUUCUUAGCUAUAUGUCCUCAUUUUGUAAAAUUAAGUUUAUAGUCCUGAGUUCUCUAAAGGUACUUUUAAAUUAUUUUAUUGGUCUGUAAAGUCAAAAAGCUGAGCACAACUCUUUUCUUGGAACUAUAAAUAUUAGCAUGUUGAAGUCUUGGUUCUCCUCAAGGACCUAUUAAUUUUUGUUUACCCCAUAACCCAUACUCAUAGGACACUAGUUAGAGAGUCUGAGAACAGUUUGUCAAGACAAUUACUUCAGCCCUGCUGUAUAUUGGGAGUCAUGGUUUUAAAAAUCUGACAUGGUAGCCGUUAAAAGGACAACUAGCACUAUUCUGUUUCUGUCAACUCUUGUCCAGAGACUUCCUAUAAAUCUCUCAGAUUACCAGUAUUUAUGCAAAUAUGCACUACAAUACAGACUUCUAGGAAAUCACUUAUACUACCUUGCUGAUAAUUUUCUGACCUGCAAAAUAGCCAUCAACCUAUAAAAAAGUUGUACAACAAUCAAUGACCAAAAAUGAUGCAGUGGUUAUAAUUUGUAUCAUUUUUAUUUCUGCUCAUCUAUAAUACCAAGUUUAAGACUAACUCUAGAUAUCAUUGUCUUGUGUGACUAGACCACUUGUAUCACUUAGCUUAAAGAGCUGGGCAAAAAGCCUCUGAAGGGAGGAGAUGUCAGGGAUGAAUCUGUGAUAGGUUCGAGUGAUGUGGUCACCUUCAUCUUCCCCAUGGAAAGACAUUUUCUAGAAAUAUUUAAAUAAUAACCAGUUUUCAUAUCUUGUCCACUUAGGGCAAGCCAGUGCUUAUAUGAUUUGUCAUUGUUCUUAUAUAUGAUUUGUCAAGGAGUGAAGACAUUGGGAUUUUUUUCCUUGGGUUUCUCAAGAGUAGGGUUGGUGUCCUUCCUAAGUGCUUGUGGGCAGGACAUUGAAAGGAAGUCUGUGGUCCCUAGUCUGGUGUACCUCCCUUUCCUCUGGGAUGUUGCUCAGUAGGGACAGCUUGCCCUAUUCUUUGCUGUUUCCUUAGAGACUUCUUAGGAGUCCCAACAGUGGAUUAUUAAACCCUGGACUAUGGGUAAUUGGGCAGAAGCCUGCUUCCUGUGUUCACUGGGACUUGAGAGUAAGAAUGAAAUUGCUAAAUAAGAUGAAAUUGGCUGGAGGGUAUUUGAAACUCCAUGUGCAGGUGACUCCCCAUCCUUUCUUAUGGGUGGAGGAAUAUCUGUGGGGGCUUUUGAGUGUCACAAUACUUGAAGGCAGAGUUUGCCAUUAAAAUUGGAUUUGGAUGAAAUAUUUUGAAAUUUCUCAAUUUUGCAGCAGAGGAAGAUGAUAAAUUGAUACAUAUUGACAUAGCCAGAAACGAUGAUCCUUGUGGAGUCUGGGAAGAGGUUCUGCUGGGUCUUGAUGACACAGCUAUAAGCAGGCGUCUCAGUCUUUUCUCCUUCCAAUAUCUCUGUCUUGUUCCAAAGCAAAUUGUAUUUUUGGUUAAAUGACCUCUGAGGUUUCCCCUAGAAAUUGGGUUUUCCUUUAGCUCUUGAUUGGUUCUCAGUGGCCUGGUAGGCACCGUGUCAGCUUAGAAAUUCAUGUCACAGAAUGGAUUAUUAUGCAAUUUUAAGAGCCCCAUUUGUGGAGUCUUCUGGAGCAUAUUAAAAUAUUGAAGACAUUGUAGGAUGGUUUUUCUGCUUUGAGAAAUGAGAAAGUACUUAAUGACUGGGCCCAGUGUAGGCUUAAAGUGCAACUCUGGGCUUGCUUGGGCUACAUCCCCAGUUCCUGUUUGGCCUGAUUCAACAGGUCUCUGGCUGAGUGGCAAGACAGAAUUUCUGAGCAGUUCAAUUUCUUGAUGAUCUACAAAGUUUAAGGCAGCUAUUGGAGCAUUGCUUUAUUUCCCGUACAUAUAUAUAUAUUUUUAAAUAAAAACGUUUCUCCAGAAUAUUACUAAACAUUUUCUCCCUUCGAUCUCUCAAUAACUGUUUUCCCAAAGUACAGAUGAAUUCUUUUUCUUGUAAAGGUGAUCUGCUUUGUACAGUUUUCAAAUGAUGUGGAAAAAUAAAAAGAACUAAGUUUACUGCCUCACUACUGUUACUACUCCAGUCCUCACCAUUGUACACUGCUUUGCUGUCAGUGGCUUGCGGUGCACAUUGUCCAUGCUAACAGCAUCCUUUCAAUGGCUGUGCUGUGUGGAUGGUACAACUCCCUAUUGCUGGAAAUUAAGUGGUUUACAAUUUCUGUUAUUUGGGUUCUUUCCAGUUUUUGAGUCUUAAAAACUCAGUUUCAAUGACUAUCCUUCUGUAUAAUUUCUACACUCACCCAAUUAUCUCCUUGGUAUAAAUUAUAGACUCUUCAAAAAUUGGGAUGUCUAUAUCUGAGAUGCACAAUACUGGGAAUUAGUUCUGUGAGGUGAUGUCUUUGAGCAUUUUGUGUGUGUGCUCAAAUCACUCAAGCAGCAGCCUCUCCCUUCAGGUCUACAUGGUAUAUUGCAGGAUGGGUGUGGAGGAUGGAUGGCAGCCUUUCCUGCACCACUUGCCCCAGUACUUGUUGCAGAUAAAGGUCAUCUGCAGCCAGGUAUUAGGUACUGACUCCAAGACUAAUGACCAAGAUUUAGAGUCUAAAAUGAUGAGUGCGAGUCAUAGGAAACAGAAAACAGAACUUUCUGGCUUCCUCCCAUGAAACUACUUUGAUUCCCAAUUCUACUUGUCUAAUUAGGCAGAUCAAAGAGACACGUAUUUUGGAGAAGUGGAAGUUCUGGUGCAUUUCUCAGUCUAGCCAGUCUUAACAGAGGGCCAGAUGUAAACGUCAAUUCAUUCUCGUUGCAUGAGGGAAGAUACCUUCUGGAAGGUGUCUGAUUGGAUCUGCACACUUAGGGUUGCUUGGUGUCUUCUACCCUUGUGUUUGCCUCAGCCACUCUUGGGUCUUAAGAUCUCUGGAUGGUUUCUAGACUAAAUCGCUGGCCACUGAAAGUGAGUAGAACCCAAAGCCUUGUAAGGACUCCAUGUCCCACUGUGGAAGGCUUGGCUUCAGUUGAAGUCAGUAAUUCUAUUCUCCAUAAAAAUGAGCUCCACUUGAAAACUAGCUAUACCCAUUCCUCCUCCACCCUGCCCCCUCCACCCUCCUCCCCCCCCCCCCCCCCCACUGCCUUUACAUUUGUUGCUCACAAGCCUUGCUCCCUGGUGUCCCUUGUACCUCUGAAAUGCUGAAACGUCCUCAGAGAAACAUUCUCUGACCAACCCAUGUGAGGUAGCACCUCUGGCACUAUCUCUGUUUCCUUGUAGCUGUCACAACCUGGUCACAACCUGACAUACAUUUGUCCUCUGCACUAAAAUAUAAGCUCAGAGAAGGCAGGUUCUUUUUUUAGUUUGUGGCUAUUUCCUCAAGACCUAGAGAAAUCCCUGAUGUUACUCAUUGAGUCUCUAUUACUUGACUACGGAUCAAGUCCAAUGCCUCCAGCCGAAGAAUUGUGAAGAAACUUGAGAUUUUAGAGGAUCUGGAUUUGCAGGAGAGCAGCACCUACCUCUGGCCAGGGAGGGGCUGCCCUGUCCAUCAGUGCCAGGCCUCCCUCUCUGUCCUCUGUCUGAAGCCAGAGCCUAAAAUUCCCCAUUUGGAUGUUAACAUGUGAUGGUGAGGAACAUUGUGUAAGCAUUUCUGGGGACUGGUCCAGUUGACAUUUGUGGAGUAACAGCCACGGUGCUGGGCAUUAUGUGGGGAACCAGCGUCACAGAAGUCGCCUGGUCAGAGUUGCCAAGCUGAUGCCUCCUUGAAGUGAGAAUGUAGGGGACAGGAUUGCCCAGCUGCAACCCCCAGGCCAGACACAGGAGCUCUGAGGGAGGGAAGCUGUGUUCAUUGGGACAGAGUCAUGUGGAGCCUGGCUGCUUGUGGGGAGGCAUCAGCCUGGGUUGUGCUCCUGAUCUUGGGUAGAGGAGGGCAGAGAAAGGAGAAGUGAACCCACCUAAGGGUGCUUGGGAGCCCCCAGAGCUCUGAAAGGAGGAGGGAACUCAGCCCCACUAGUAAGAUCUCAUGAUUCCUCGUUCUACUGUAGACCUCUGUAGUCUCAAUUCAGAACUUAAUGUAUAUUUGUGGGGAAUAGUCCAGAAAGUUCCAAGACCCAGAAAGCCUAUUGAAAACCAACUUUUAAAACAACAAAAUUUGUAUUUUUUAUCUUUUUCCCUCCCUUUUGUAAGAUGAGAGACAAAAGAAGAGACAGAAUAGCUCCUGUUUCUCUAAGAAUAUGAAUAGACUAAAAGGAAACAGGAUUCCUAAGGGGAUCUCACUUAUGCAAGCAAUACAUUAUUCAAAAAUAAAUUCUUCAAAUACUCCAAAGAGGUCCCUUGAACUUUUCUGUAAGGAAUGAAUAUUUAAUUGAAAACAGAAGCAUAGUGCAAACAUGCAUGAACAUGCUAUCCUAACCUAUGGAGACAGCUUUCCGGCCUAGUUCUGAUGAGAUUUGAUUUCUGUCCUAGCUGAAAUUACCAAAAUGUCGUGCUACAGUGUGCUGACACAGAAGGUUCUGAGCAAGAUGCACACACGACAUUAGUAGCAUCAGGAAAAACCCUGAUGACAGUAGGACCUCACGGUUAUGCUGUCCAUUGGGUCCUAUCGCUUAUGCACCAGCUCUUAGAAAUCAUGCUACAGGGAUUGACAGAUUCCUCCUGCCCAGUCUUCACAUUGUCACCUGGGAAUUUAGUUCAGUUGCAGAUUCUGAUUUGGUCAUUCCUCCUUUAACCCCCUUGAAGGGAAGCCCCACUGCUGCUCCACCGGCUGUGUGGCAGUGGUGGCAAGUCCCAGCUUGCCAAGGCCUUGGGCAUGCAUAGAUUUCAUGGAAACUUUGAGACUGCCCUGGGAGUUGGGCAGUGCUGGUGUGACCUACUUUUACCCAUUACAAAAUCAGCGAGGCAGAUGGCCAGAGUGUGUGCUAGGAUCCAGAGUUCGACUCGUGGAGUGCUUACGUUGAACAAGUUCUGACCUGGUUGUUGCAUCAUGGGGCAGGGGUGAAACUAAAAUGGUAGUUUUGGAAAAGCAAAGGGAAAAUACAGAAAUAUUCUAUUAUUAGAAUUGUGUCUUUUGAGGUUUUAAAAGUAAGAGCUAGUGGGCUAAGGACUUGUAAAGUUUGCACGGGAGUUUUAGACUUGCCAUUUUUAGGCAACAGGACAAAGGCACAAGCUGAGCGUCCUACUCGUGGCAAACUUCAAAGAUGGUCUUUGGGGAAAUCUGGUUCCACUUGAGCAUAGGCAGCCUUCCCCCUUCCAGAUGGAAACAACCUGAGAGCUCCGUAGUGUUGGUGGAUGGAGCGCCAUGCUGUCAGAUGACCCAGAGGACAUGCAGAUUACCUGCAGGUGGGCUCAGCCUCAGAAUUGGCAGAUCAGCAAGGUUUUAAUGUGAAGUCUGGGUGAUGUUCAGUGAGGUCUUGUGCGUAUUCUUCAUAUGGUAUGUGCUGAGAAAUAGCUUAAUGUUAUGAAACAAGGAACCACAAGGAAUCAAAGACUGGCUUGGACAUGAAGGGUGGUGCUGUGGACUGGUCCCUGCUGUCCUGACUUUUGGCUCUUGUGUAGAUAUUUUCCCUCAUUUGUACCUUAGCUUUAUCAUAGUUUUUAACAUUCAGAAAAUUUUGCAAUUUUAUUUAGACCAAAAAUUUAAGCUUUUAUUUUGUGCUUGUUUCUGCUUUUAUGUCUAAAAACGUUUUCCCAUUCCUGAAAUAAAAUGACUACUUAAAUUUAUUUUUAAUUGUAGACUUAAUUGGAAGACAGUGGAAUUCUAGUUGGCAGCAAGUGUUUGGAGAAAAAAUACACCCCUUAAUUAAAUCUGGUAGAGUCUUAACCAGAUUGUAUAUCAGAAUCACCUGUCUGUCUGAGCUUUGAAAAAUUCCCAGUGCCAGGGUCACAUCACAGAUCCACUGGAUAAAAUUGUUUUGUAAAAAUACCUUACACAAGUCUACAGGUUUACAAAGGGUCCAGUUGUAGAUGAUUUUUUUUUUCUGUUAUUGCUUGAUUUACACACUAGCUUUUGUUAGUAUAAUGGGUAUGUUUGUUCAUAGUCAUUACCAUUUGUUAACAAUGAAAAUUAGAGCACUGUUCUCACUUCCAUGUGGGAGAGAUUCCAAAACUGUGCACCCAGGAAUGGGGGUGCUCCCUGCAAAAUUAUGCUGUUCUCCAAAAGUACCAGUCUCACAGAUGGCAUCCUUUGAUGUGCCUGUGCUUAUUUCUGAGUUCUAUAGUUGAGUCUUAUUUCUGUCUUAUGUGCUACUACACUGUAGCAAGAAGCUUUAAAAAAAACAACCAAAAUUUAGAAUAUAUAGUGUAUUUAUUAAUGCUUUAUAUUUGUAUAAUAUUUUAUACCAAAAAUCAUUGCUCUUUGUUGCAAACAGUAGUGUCUCUUGUGAAUUGGCAUAUGGAACUAGCCGGUUGAUUUUUGCAACUUGGGAAAAGAAAGAUAAAAAAUUGUCAUUUAUAUCUCUGUACAAAUCCAACUGUGUUCAUCAGUUAAGACUGAAAGCACAUUUUCUAGUUUUCUGGCCUGGGGUUUCAGAUGUGCUCAUUCAAGACUGUAUAAGGCAGUUUGCCUGUGAACCAGCUGAUUCAUUUGAGUGUCAGCUUGGUAAGCAGCAUUCUUUCCUGAAGGAGCAGCCAGUGGUCUAUAACAGGCAAGAAGGAAGUACGGGCAGACCUUGACUUUGGGCAUGUAACAUAGAUGUCCCUGAACCUCAGAAAUGAUGAAGUUGAUGACGACAGUGACAACUGGCCUCCUCUUCAGGCUGUGGGGGAGUUUACAUCUGGAGUGUUUUCCUUUCGUCCCCCACCCUGCCCAAGGCAGAUGACUUGAGUGGGGUGUUUCAGUGUGAGGAAGGUGGACAGAGGGUUCCUAAAAGAGGUUCUUUUCUGUUUUUUAGGUCCUCUGAUCAGUCUGGGAGAGUUGUUAUAUACACCCCAAACACAGAUAAUACAAAGAUCCUGACUUACAAAGUGCUAAAUUUUGUGUCACAAAUGAGAAAUUUAUUACUUAUAUGAAAAUGUAAAAUGAGAGAGGCAUUGCUUGAAAUAGUUAUUACAGUAUUUUUAUAUCAUUUUCAUGUGAAAAGUACUUAAACCCAGAUUUGAGUGCAUUUUUGAUAAUUUCAAAAAGAAGAAAAGGGCCAUGUUGCCCAAAACAUAAGUAUGGUAGCUGAGUGGCUGAGUCUGAGGAAGGGACUGAGCUCUGGCUAUGCAAGACACAACCCGCUAUAGACUUGGCCAUGCAAGACACAACUCAGAGCAGUUUUCCUGGCCAUCUUUGUUUGGAGGGCAGUAUCCGAGGGUAUGACUUGAGCUGAGAGCUGGACUGGAAUGCUGAAUGGCAGGAUAUGCCGCGGGGUCCACUAACUCAGCAUUCCAGGGCCAGCCAGACUCCCCUCAACCCCAAGCCUGGGGCCUGUUGCUCAAGGUCUCCCUGCCCCUCAUUGCCCCCUGCAGGUUGAAGCACUUGCUGGCUGGGUUGUGUGGUCUUUCACACCCCCUUCAGUUCUGGCAUUCUAUGAUGAAAAGCCUAUUUAUUGAUUAUUGUGGACCAGAAAAAUCCAGAGAGGUUGAAAGAUAGCUGGUUGUGAUGGCAAACACUGAUAAUCCCACUGACUUGAGAGGCCGAGGCAGGAGGAUGUGAAAUUAAAGGUUAGCCUCAGCCACUUAGUGAGACCCUGUCUCAAAAUCAAAAAUAAAAAGUGCCAGGGAAUGUAGCUUAGUAGUAUAGCCCCCCUGGGUUCCAUGCCCAGAUCCCCUCCAGCGGCCAGGAGGUUGUGAUAAUGGCAGCGCCCUUCUCCAAAAAAAGAAAAGAAAAAAGAAAAAGAAAAACAGAGUCUGAGCUCCUUUCUGGCUGAGGUUCCUUUGGAAGCAAAGCAAAAUAAGGUUCAUGAUCCACCUUACUGAUCUUUGUAGGGCAGCACCAUGGCCAGCUCCCAUCCAACUGGCUAGGUCAUAGUUUCACCCAGUUUCCCCAUUGCCCCACUUCAGUGACCCCACAUCAUGUCAUGGCUCCAGAGGAUCUGGCCUUUCCAGCCAGAGCCCUUAUCUCCACCUCCACCCCCCGAAAAAACCCACAAAACCUAGAGGAGGGCGUCUCAGGUCAGUGGGCUGUGAUAUCAGUUUAAUGGCCACAAGACUUCUUAAAGUAAAUGAAAUAAAAUAUAUCAAAAUGCUUCAUAGUUAAUAAGGGUGAUGAUUAUUUAACAAAUUAUUCACUUUUAUAUUCGUAGGUUUGUGUGUGUGUGUGUGUGUGCGCGCACGCAUGCUUGCACACUUAUUGCAGUGAAAAAUGUUUCUCAUUCUGAGUUGUAAUCAGGAAAAAAAAACAUUGGUAUGGACUCAUAAUUCCUUAUCUUCAAUCCACAUUGCAAAAGCUGAAAGAGUUUUUUUAAGCUUGGCACAAAGUCAUUUGGCAGCAAAACACAACCUAUUGUGAUUUAAGGUUAUUUAUAGUCUUUCUUUAGUGUAUUUGUAUGCUCAGCUGCAGAAAGGAGUGGUACCUUUGACCCCAGUGGGCAUCUUCACCUGAUUAUUUUUCUAGAGGCAAAGAAACUUUUACUACAGGGGUUUUGCAUAAGAGGUUGUGGAUCUGCAUGAGGAGUGUAACUGUUGUUUAUUAGUUCAGCAAACAUUCAUUGAAUGCUGUGAGCUUGGCACUGUACUGGGUGUCAGAUGUAGAAGGAAGAAAAGUUAGUGUGAGAUGAACUCUUGGAGAACUCAAUCUCAAGGGCAGGGUGAACUUGGGACCACCAGAGCUGGGCUUCCACUUCCGAUUCUUCCUUUUGGUUAGCUUACCCAGGCCCACAGCUGCAGGACUUUCUCUUCACUUGGCUUCUGCAUCUCCCCUUUCCAGCUGUCCUUCAGGGCUUCACACCAGACUUCAGCUCAGUGUUGAAAAACAAACUCCCAGCUGCCUCCUCCCAUAUUCCUGUGUCCAGUGUUCCCCUCACCUGGGCUCCGCCUUCUCCUGCCUGGCGCUGUCAUCCAGUCAUUGGAAACUGUUGCUUUCCCCUGGCGGUAGCCUCCUGCCUCUCUCCUUCCCCCUCUCUCAGUGCUCUGUGCUGGUACAGGUGUUCAUUAUAUUCUCCCACACAAAACAGAUGGUCUAGAAGGGUGAUCAGGCACACAGGGGUGUUGGGGUCAUAAAGACCUGGGUUUGAGUUGUGUCUCUUCCCCAUUUUACUGAAGGAUCUUAGUUUCCCUUCUUGGAAACGGAGUUGGUGAUAAUUAGUUUGUGUAUGAGUUAAUUUAGGAAUAGAAAUGUAUCCAGGGCAUAUGAACACCAUAAGCAAUGUGAAAAAAUAAGUCACAUUCUGGGUGCAGAUAUUUAUAGGACCCAGAACUAACAGAUUAGUAUUUCAAAUCUAUUAAGAGCUUCUUUCAAACCGAUUUUAAAAAUACAUUUUUUUAAAUGGGCAAAAAAUAUGAACAGGCAAUUUCUGAAGAGGAAAUCAGAAUAUCAGUAAGUAUGUAAAAAGAUAUCUGACUUUAUUAGCAACUCGGAAAAAUCAAAUUAAAACAAUGACAUGCCCGGGGGGUAUAACUCUGUGGUACCAUGCUGGCCAGUUUGACCCUCAGCAUUUUAAAAAAACAACAACAACAAUUUACCUGUCAUAUGGCACAAAGUGUAGCCAGUAUGUCAAGCAAAGAUCAUUUGCUUGGCAUGUUGCUGGUGGGUGUGUAAACUGGCUCACACUGUGUUUUAAAGCAGUUGGCAAUAUCCAAUAAAGCAGAAGCUGUGUAUACACCGGCCACCCAGCAAUUCCAUCGCCAGGAAUAUCCUUCGCAGCAUUGUUUUUAGUGGCAAAAGCAUUAGAAAUAAAAAUGUCUCAUAAAGGGAGACUGGGUUGAUUGUAGAUAUUCAUUUAAUGAAAUGCAAUAGAGUUAUUAAAUAAAUUAAAAGCUUCAUUUGUAUCAUCAUGUAUAAUUCUUGAAAAAAAGCAAACUACAAAAGUGGCUGCCCCAGGAAGGGGCAUGGAGAAGCUUCAGUUGCAUGUAAAACGAUUUAUAUCUCAAGAAAAAAUAAGCUAUGAAUAUGAAAUGUUAACAUUGGACAGAGAUGGGUGGGUAGUUAUAUAAGUGACCCUCAUGUCAUUGCUUUUACCCUUCUAUGUCUGAAAUGCUUUAUUUCUGGAAAGCAGUUGGUGGCGUACAGUAAGUACUGCUUCUCCAUUCAGAAGGCUUCUACAAUGUCCAUUUUCCUGAAUUGAGUUCCAGUCAGCCAGUCUGGCAAUCCAGUUCACAUCAAAUCUAAAUUUCUGGUAAGGAGCUCAGGACCCUCUACUCCCUGACUCCAGCCUCCAUUCCUAGCCUUGCCCUCCCAUGCUUCCCUUGAGGAACCUUUAUAGGGUGCCAAGUCAUGCAUGGCCUGCGGGGUUUCUGUGGCUAGAAUCUCCUCCUUCCUUUCCUCUGACUAUGCAAACAUGACCCUCCCCCCCCCUUUCAGGGCCUAUUAAAAUGUUGCCCCAUUCUCCUUUCUACCCACCCACCUACUACCUAUGUACUCAGUGUUCUGUCCACCCAUUCACCUAUCCGCCCACCCACCUACCCUUCUUUCUGUCCAUCUGUCCAUCUAUUUAUUGAGCCUCUUCAAAGCUUAAGGCAUAUAUAACCUACCCUGAUUGGCCCUGCCAGAAAUAAUCACAGUUUCCACAAAAAUCCUUGUAUUGAUGUAAGUCUCCAGCAUGGAAUUGAUCACACUAGAGUUCGUUCAUUUCCUCUUGCUAGACUAAGUAUUGAAGGGCAGUUACCAUUCCAUUCAUUUUUAAUGAACUGUUCUUUCAGGAGCUCAUUAAAUAUUGGCUGAAGAAAUAAACGAGUCUCAGAUCGUGUGUCCAAAACAUUGAAAUCAAUGUUAAGAUUAGGGUUUAAUCCUCAUUCGAAAUUGAAUACUUGGUGUCUUUAGCUCCUUGAUUUUCAUAGGCGGGCCACACACUCCCUUUUGUCUCUGAUACCUGAAGGAUUCCUGAUUCGCCAUUCUGCCUCACGUUUGCUGAGAAUCCAGAUGCCCAAGCAUCAGGCAUGAUUUUGCCUCUCUAGGGACUUUGCACCUGGUUGGAGAGCGAAGGGUGUGCCACAGGAGAGUAGCAGCAUGACAGAGCAGGUAAGGUCUGAGCCAGUGAGUGACCUUGGCCUCUUGACCUGAAGUCAUCGUGGGGAGCAGCUUGGUACUUGCCUGACUGUGUUAAGACUGGUUUUGAGAGAUUCAUUCUUGUUUGAGAGGAUGUGGGUCAAAAUUAUCAUUUUAUGUCAGAUGGGUUUCUGUAAAAUCCUUUUCUCUUUUUGGCACAAGUAGAUCCUUAACAGCAUCUCUCUUAUGUGUAAGCUGAUACGCAGGUACAGAUUUGAAGAUGUCUUCUGAUACGCAGUUUUAUGAGGUGUGAGCCUGAAGUAGCUUUCUGACUUUGACACUGAAGGGGAUUUUCUUUCAAACAGGUGUGUGUCUGAGUUCUAGAGCUGCUGGCUUUCCCCGCAUCUUUUCCCCUCCAGUACACCCCUGGAGCCAUUUCCAGCACCCAGUCAUGGGUUGUCUGUUUUAACAGCUUUUCCUUGUUUGGGUCAGCUUCUUGAAAAUUUUGGGUUGGAAGGGGUCUAUAUAAUAUGAUGCCACUCUUUCCAGGACAGAGGUACUUUACCUCUGCCUUUACCUCUCUCCUGAAGCAUUUCUAGCCAGCGAGAGUCAUUGGUGAUGGCUUUUUUGUGUGAAAUGGGAUGUUCACAAACCUGUGAACAUCUAAAGGCAGCAGGUGGGUUGGGCUCGCUACAGAAGGGAUCCACAUAGUGUUCCAGGAAGACCCCAAAUCCCCUGGAAGGUUCAGUCUGCUGGCAGAUCUCAGUCUUAUGGAGCAGUGAGUUUAUUCCAACUUCCUUUGCGCUCUGGCACUGUUGGGGUAUUGCCUUCAGGAAUGUUGACCAUAUUCCUUGGGGAUCAUUGUGAGUGGCAUCUCUUAGUCUCCUGUGCAGCAAAUAAUAGCAUCCAGUUCUGGCUGGCUGCAUGUGGGGAAGGGGUGGGAAGAAUGAGCCCUGAAGGCAUAGGGAGAAUUUGGGGUCCCACGUACAGGUUGGACUGGAGACCAGGUGACUAGGAGGAGGCAGCAGGUAAAGUCCCUGUAAUGAGAUGGUAUACUGUGUCCCUGGACCCUCUAGACAUCCCGAGACCUGGCCAGUGCCUCUUAUUGGCCCAGUGAGAGCCUCAUGUUGUCCCCUCUGGAUAAAGGACAGAGCAGGAGGGUCUGGGGCUUUCCUCUUCCAGAUGUACAGGAAGAGGAAUUGCCCUGCUGGGGCUGAGGGCCAGCGAUGGGGAGCUGGUUACUAGACAGCCAUAAAAGCAGCCGGGAUCACAACUGGUGAGGAAAUCCUGACGUCACCAUGUUGAAUGUUAAGACUUUAUCAAACAUAAGCUUCAUGCCUGUUUUGGUGGCUGGGGAGGUAAAUGUGAGUUAGUAAUGGAACCAGCGUCAGCAGAGGUCCUGGCUAAUAGGGCCCAAGGAUCUCAUGCCACAGUGAGGCUGGAGCUGGCUUGAAAGGGAUGUUUCCAAGGACAAUCCAGUUCCUCCAUGACCACAGGCUCCUCCUUUCUAGGACACAGCCUCCUGUUCCUGAGCAAUUGAGAAGCACAGCAAACAUGGUUCAAGUUUAUGUCAGCAUGAGCUUCACAAUGCCAAGGGCAGGUGUGUCUGCAUUUGGGAUAUGUGGGUGUGACAGAACCUCGGAGCUGCAUGCCACCCAGCCCCUCAGUUCUGCAGCAGGUACCUUGGCUAUGGAGCCCCUCCCUCAGCUGGGCAUUUCCACUACACCCUCUUGUCACCCUGUUUCCUUCCUACUUGGGCUUCCCUCUCCACCCACCUUGCUCCUUCCUACCCUGGCCGUGCAUUCCUUCCUGGGAUCUCCAGGUAUUUGAUUCAACAACAGAGAGGUCUUCAGGAGGGGAAGGACAGUGACUUGGGUUCUAGAAAGAAUCUAGGUCCCCAGUCUUGACAGUUUAUGGACUGUGAAGUGAAUAGCAGGUGCACUGUUCACCAGCACUGUUAUUUAAAGGCCACAAUUGUAAAUACAACAGCUGAAAAGCUGCAAGUAACGGAUCCACAGCCAGUGCAGAACUGGGAGCGGGAGCUGUUGCUGGAUCACUGACGUCCACGGUGCCUGUGGAUGAAGUGCCUUUAAUCCCAUUCCAGUGUGUUACAGGAUUGGGUAAGAAGAGAGGAGGUGAGCUCUCCAGAAAGAUUAGAGUGUACGAGAGUUCAGAUCCUGAAAUGGAGUGGGGUGAGGGAGCCCAGGAGAGAGAGUGAAGAGGGGAGUUUGGGCCCAUGGGUUCUGCUUGCCCACACCCCAGCCCUAGAGAGAAGGCAGAGGUCUGUGAGAAGCCAUCUCAGCUUUUGAGAAACUAGACACUGAGCCAUUCCCAGGCAAUCCCUAAAAGGGGCUGGACUGAUCCCUGCAGGACAGCACUGGCCAGGUGGCCUCUGAGGCCUCUAUUCAGUCUUUUCAGAGGAUGCUGGUGGCAACCAUGCCACUGCCUCUAUUAACAGCAGUCCAAGACUCUGUGCCUACUUUUUAUUUGAAGUCUCCAUUCACUGAAGAGGCAGCAGAAUCUAGCAAAGAGACACUGUCAGUGGGACGCUGGAGACCUGGAUUACAUUCCGGCCUCUGCUGGGGAGUGGCUUUGUAGCUGAAGUAAGUCACUUAACCUCACAGCGAUUCUUUCUAGUUUGUACAGCUUGACUUAUUGUUAUUGAAAGCUUUCUAUUCCUGACACUUCAGACUUGUCUGGUGUUGCCUUCACGUGGGCUGGGUCUGGUAGAGUGUGUCCAGUAGGGUGUUUUCAAUGACUACAAUGGUAAACGACCAGAAGAGCACCUCAGACUUAAAGCUAACCACUGCUGCAGGCUGCUGCUUAUUAUAAACAAUGGUAAUUGUCAUUGCCUGAGCACCUACUAUGUGCCGGGCACAUCUGCAGCCAGGGCUUCAGACUGGGUCUCAUUAAUCCUUUGACUUCCAGGACAUCUGCAGUGUGAUUUUCCUGUUUCAAAUAACCGAUUUAUAUAUAAGUGACCCUUCAUGUGCCGGUGGCCAGUGCAUUCACAAGAGGCUGAAUUAGGGAUAGGAAUUAUUUUUAAAGAAAUCUUUCUCUUCUAAAAACAUCGAUUUCUGAUUCUAUUCUUCUCAUGAGGACCUGUGGGCAACUGGGAGUGUCCCCUAGGGCACCCAGAGCACCUCCCAGGGAGAAGAUGCUUAUUCUUCAACUAAGAAGCUUUGAAUUAGAGGUAGUGUAAGAAUUGUAUGGGAGCCUUGUGAAAAUGCAGACUCCUGGGCCCACUUGGAACCUGCCCGUUUGGUUCCAUGGCCACCCAGGCCUGGUCAGAAGAGAAUGAAUGAACUAGGAGCCCAGUCUAUAGGCCAGGCACACUUUCUUGGGUCCCAUAGUGGGUGAUUUCCCUCCCUGGUGUUCCCCAUCUUUAGCCAUCCCCCAUUCCCUGCUCCUGUCCAACAUUAUUUAUUCCUCAGGCUAUUUGGUAAUCCCAUCUGUAAAGUGAGGAGAACUAGCUUUCCCAGAUGGGUGAGAUUGGCAUGAGGAUUAACACAACCGUUACACACAUGCACACACCUUUUAUGUCUGACCUCUGACAAACACCUGCUUAGCACUCGGCCAGGCUUCCUAUAGGGGCCUUUGGGAACUUUGAAAGCAGGACCCUGCUACCCAGCACCUGGCCCUCAGAGCAGAGACACCCCAGGAAUACCUGCUGAAGGAGAGAAUGAACCUGACUUUUCACCAGAGAUCUGGAAACAACCCUGCUCUUGAUGACCACCAGGCAGGGAGACCAGCCAAAGGUGAGAGGAGGCAGCUGAUGCCAAUGUCUUGCUUUGGAGUCUCAGAGGUUGGGCUUAGCCCAGUUAUAGACAGACAGAAGAGAGCUUUCUGUGGAUGGCAUUAUUCAACAGAUGCCCAGAGCUCUUUCCCAGGAGGAAGCUGGGUUUUCUUAGGAGCUGACCAGUUGCAAAUGUGUAGGAAGACAAAAGAUGUUCGAGUCCCCCAUCCAUUGUGUGCAUAACCUGUCCCUUUGCUCCCAACUGGCAGCAGUCCCAGACUGACACAGAAGAGAACCCAGAACCUUUUCUGAGUCUUGGGAAAUAGCUGAAGUGUUCUGGCAAGUGCCUCUUUGUAGAAAGGAAAAAAUAGAUCCCACACGUUAACUCUGAAAGCUGGUGAAGCCUGGUAACUUACUUCAAACAGACUUGAACUGAAUAAGGAACAUGCCAGGCUAGUGGGUGGAGCUCUAAAUUUACACCUUAAUCUCAUCAUUAAGAGCGGAUAAGAUGUUUCAUUAGCGAUAGGUGCUAUGUAAAUAUGAAGCACUUUCUGAAUAAAUAUUUUCCUUUUUUCCCCUUCCAAAAUUAGGAUAUAGUCUACAGAAAAUACUGCAAUUCUUAGACACAGGAGAGCUUUAUUUUGAGAGUUUAUUUUAAAAUGGCAAUAUAAAUCAUCUAAAUUCUGGAUCCAGCCUGGAAGCCACAUACAAUACAGUAGCUCCUACAUGUGCACAAGAAAGGCAAUCUCAAUGGAGGCAUCAUGGCAAUGGCCCUGUGCUUCCUCAGAGUGUCCACAGCUGGUGCUCAGAACAGAUCUCCAACUCUCUUGGUUUGGCAAAUAUUGAUGGUCAAAGUCAUAGUCUAAUGAGGUCACCAAGCACUGUUUGUGGAUGAACAGUACCAUGGGAAGUCAGAUCUGGAAGGUACCAGGCAAUCACUCUGGGCAACCUAGUGUGUAUUUAUGUAAUCUGAAGCUUAGAGGGGAGAUGGAACAGAGACAGGGCUGGAAGCAGGACCAAGGGACCCCAUUGAGGAUCCCUUUCUCUCUGGAUUCCUUAAUCAUUUUUCUUUUGGUGGUAUUUAUCAGAAAAAUGGUAUGAAGGGAAUUAAAAAAUGUAAUCUCCCUAUCUCCAGGGCUUUAUUUAUUUAUUUAUGCAUUCUCUUAAAAAAUUUAAAAUAUAUGUAGUUCUAAUCAUAGUGAGCAUACUCUUCUGUGUUCUCCUUCUUAAUUAAUAUAAUCAAAUCACUUCCUGCCAUGGUUGGUUGCAUGCUUUUCAGGAUCACUGUUAUGACAGCUCAUCAGAGCUCUCCUUGCUAACAAGCACCGCCUUCUUGUGGACAUUUAGGUCGCUUUCACAUUUGUUGCUUUUACAUAUAAUGCUGGAACGAACACCUCAAUGCACUUGAGUUUUUUCUCAUUGAACUAGCAGCUUAUCCUCUCUUCACCAAACCAUUCCCAAGAGAAACCCCGCCAACCCCACCCAGCCCAGGUGGAGUUUGGCUUUCUGGCUGACAGGUGGAUAGGGAAGCUUGCCACUGAGGCUAGGGAUGAAUAGCCCAGUGGGGAGUGUAGAGAAAGUAAUUAAAGCCUGAUUCCAAAUAUAGGUGUCAGGGCCUGUCGCAUCCCACAGAGGACAUCCGCAUGAGGGCGCAGUGAUGACUUCUUGGGGCAGGUGGCUCCCUGCUGGCCUUUAGGCUCUGCCACCCCAGAGCCUUCAGGAGAGUGGAAGAAUGGUCUGGCAAGCCAGCUCACAGGAAGCUAAGGGGACAGGGCACUCCCUCGAUCCUGCACUCACAGUCCUUGAGCUACAAGUGGGCAGUGGGUGGCUGUGCUCAUCCUCGGGCGCUGUGCUGGAUGAGGACAACUGCACAGCUGCAGAGCACACAGGAUACUGAGAAGGAGAUCUUGAGAGGUAUUAUUCUGUAGACACAGCCCCCAAGUUCAGAGGAGUCUCAAAGGACCAGAGUCCCCACGGCAGGAGGGUUCUUAGCAGGUCAGGUCCUGCCCAUUGCUGUAGAAAUGGCUGGCAGAGGCAGCAGGACAGCGGCGAGCCUCAGCCAGGGCAGCAGGACAGACACUCCCUCCGCCCAGGCUGGCUUGCUUGCAUUGUAGAACGCUGCAAAUGCCCACUUUGAGUAUGGAAGUGUGGACGCCGGAGGCCUCUGCUAGGACUCCAUGUGCUGGCUCUUUAGCUCCUCUUCAGUCCUUGAACACAGGUGUCAGAGUGGCCACGGUGCACAGUCCCCUGUCCCCUACUCAAGAAGAUGGUGAAAGGAAAGCCACAGGAUCCUUGUGUCCCAGACCAGAGCAGCGAGGAAGCAGAGGGCUGGCUUUGGGACGCUUUUGGAACACAGAACCUGUCCUUUACCUUCUCUAGGAGGCAGACUGACACCUCCCAAUUCCAGCUCAGAUUUUAAGAUUUACCAGCCAUCCUACCCAAGCCCCUUCUGACCUUGACUGGUCCUUGCUCUUGCAUCUGUAAUGGGGUACAGAGUGACCACAUACUAUCUCAGUGCCAUGCAGACUUUGCAGAAUAUUCCAGGCCACAGUUAUUAACAGGACCUUCUGGAGUGGAAUUGGGCUUUGUACAUGCAGGACAGGUGGUUUGCCCACCAUUUCUUGCCUCAGAGCUGAAGUCGUCUCCUGGAAUUUCCCAUACACAGGUCCCUUAUCCUGUUGGCAAGACCGGAAGUGCUCCAGACUUGCUUCUGGUGCCCUCUGCCUGUGUUCCCUUCCAGGCCCAGCAGAGAGGCCAGGCAGAGGCAGCCCCCAGUGGGAACAGCACCGUGAACAGCCAUCACCUCUGCCCACUUGGCAUCCAGUUCCUCCCCAGGGGGCAAGAACGAUUUGCUUUUGUUACCUUUGAUAGAUGACAGGGCAGCAUCCUAAGUGACCCUGGGGGAAGCAGUGGAAUGUCCAGAGCUUCCUGAUGACUUUUGCAGAGUAAACCCCUCCUUAUUGGUACACCCCGAAUCUUCCCUCUCUCCACUGCACCCACAGAGAUGAUUCUUGAGUAUAACUCCUUUAAUUGUAAGUUUCUCUAACAGCUUGAUGGCCAGAACGUGGAGUAGGGAGAAUCCUGGCUAAGGCACAUUACCUCCAAGAACUUGUCUGAACCUGCCAGCGUGGGAAUUUCCCGACAGGCAACAGCCCUAGGAGAGGAAGCAAGGCAGAUGCAUUUAAUUUCUCGAUUAAAAUGAAUUAAAUGGCCACAUUUUGAUGUGUGAUCAAAUCAUAUUUGAAAUAUGCUAGGCCAAAUAUAUUUGUGAUGAACUGCUGUGCAGAUAAUGGAAAUCAUUUCAAUAAAAUUCUCAUCUAUGCUAACACCUUAAUCAAGGGAUAACCUAUUUGACAUUGGAUCACAGAUAACUGUGUAAUUCUGCCCCUGCAGGAAUAGAUUUAUUCCAUUUGAGUGAUUAAUGCAUUAGGAAGCCGAGGUCAUGCUAAAGUUAAAAUCUGUCUUCUAAAUUUCUCUGACAUCUUCCGGUUUUCAGUGGGAGCAUGAUUUUAAUGCUAUUCUUAAUAAUCUGUAUUUUUCUCAAAAUCUGGACUUACUUUCAUCAACACUGUGCUGUUUUGAGGCAGGAAUCCCAGGAAGUGUGUGGGGGAGUGCGCUGCCUUUGCUGUUCCCUAGAAGAGUGACAGUUUGCUGUUGCCUGAAGUUUGUGGUUCUGACCCAGCUUCGUCCCAGACGACUAGGUGCUGCUCACUUCUUCAUGGUUCACUACUGUUUCUGUGUCCCACAUGUUUUUUAUUGUGUUUUUCUACCUACCUUAUUCUGUGACCCUCAGUGUCCUUCUGUGUAAAGGGAAGUGAUCAUACCCAUUUUCCUUUCCAGAGAAGUUGGUAACUCAAAUGGAUAGACAGUAUGCGGAGCAGCCUGUGUGAACUGCAGACUGUGACUCCAGACACAGUCACUCUGGUGUCAUUGUGUUCCAACAAGCUUGUACCCUUUUUGUAGGCAGGGGCUGUCUGCUGCAAACCCUGGAUAAUUUCGUGGCAUGAGCCAGUGCUCAGCAGAGACUUCCUUGUCAACCCGCUGGACAGAGUGGGUUGUAGAGAUGUAUCUGAAGACCAGUUGGGGGAGGGGGGUGCCCAGCCUAUCACCAUGAUGAGCUGGACAGUCUCCAAGCAGUGGCAAGAGUUGACUUUACCUUUCGCAAGUCUUCAUUAUUACAUUGUGCUGUUCUGAGAAAAAUAAAUAGAUAAGUAGUUAAAUUGCUAAAAUGAGCCUGAUCAUCACAUCACAGAAUUGGAGAAGAUAACCUCUUGAUAUGUAAUCUCUUUUCUCUCCUUCCUCACUCUCCUAAAAUCUGUCCUUUCCUACUAAGAGACAAAUCCCUCCUUGUCUGGGCUGUAGCUUGGACACAUUGUAUGAGAGUGCUCUCUUGUUGGUUUGCUUGUAAGCUAUCUGAUGGUGAGUACUCCAUGACUGGAGAGGCUCAGGCAAAAAAAACAAGAAGUACACAAUUAAAAUAUUCAAUUAAAAAAAGCAAGUGGCCGGGCAUGGUGGUGCAUGCCUAUAAUCCCAGUGGCUUGGGAGGCUGAGGCAGGAGGAUCACAAGUUCAAAGCCAGCCUCAGCAAGAGUGAGGUGCUAAGCAACUCAGUGAGACCCUGUCUCUAAAUAAAAUACAAAAUAGGGCUGGGGGUGUGGCUCAGUGCUUGUGCGCCUGAGUUCAAUCCCUGGAACCCUCCCCCAACAAAAAAGCAACUGGGCAUUUUUUGCCUUUUGAUGGUGGGCAGAGGUGGUCUCUGCAAACAGUUUAGAGUAUCGCCCACUUGUGGAGGAUGCUGGUAUCCAACAGACACUCUUGUCCAGGGAUAUUUGGGGGACCUUUUGUAAUAAUUCAUUUUUUGCCUUUACUUAUUUAUUUUCUACAAUUAUCUGGCCUUUGUAACAAAAUUCCAAGAAAUGGAAAAGUAAAUCUAUAUAUUCUCUCCUUUCUUCCAUGCCCCUGUUCCUGGCUCCAGCAGCUCCACUUUCCAGAAGUGAAAGCUACUAGCAAUUGGUGUGGUCCAGACUUCUAAGCUAUUUUAUGUGGUCACUUAAUCAGUCUCACAUACAGAUACACAGAUUUAGUGUGACCACAGUGUGAUGGUAGGGGACAGUGUCCCCUUUCUCUCCACUGUUCUUGGCAUGCCAAGACCCUCCUGUGGAUUCUCAAGGCCAGCUGUGAGGCCCUGGAGACCAGCCUUCCUGACCCUGGGGUCAGCCUCCGUGAAUCGCUCCAGAGUCCUGUGGCCCCAGGAAGGCAGUCAGGAUACCCCACCGCACCCCGAGGAGCCUCAGUGCACUUUUUGCCACACAUCAUCCCUCCCUCAGAACUUGAAGGUUCUAUACCCCAAGGUUUCUGGCCCCAAGAAGCAGCCUUCCCUCCCCCAGGGCCAACAGCGGGUAGGAUCCUGUGCAGGGACGGGCAGAGCCAGCCUGAAUGUGGGUCUGCAUCCUGGAGACAGUUUUCUAAGCUGUGUCGCCUUGGCCCAGUGACCGGCACUCUCUGGCCCUCAUUUUCUCAUCUGUAAAAUAGUGAUGCCAUCCCUAGGCUCCCGGUGCUGACACGCUAACAACGCCAGUCAAGUCCCCAGCAAUGUGGUGGGAACUCCACAAGUGUCCAUUCUCCUUUCCCUCUGGAACCCUCCUCUACUUUAUCCUGCCAGAUGAAAUUUUAAAUAUAGGUCUGUCUUCCCAGUCGACUCAAUGAGACUCCAUAAAUCCUCGAGUGAGGUACCAGGAGGGCUGGCAGUGGUUCCUGAGAGCGCACUCAGCACGUGCAGGCUGGUUUGGUACUACUGCACAUCUGCCCACCCAGGCCAGCGCAGGGCCCGGCCAGGUGAACGCUGAAGGCUGCUUCCUGCCAUAGCUCUCUCCCUGUCAUCCCCUGGGGUCCCUGUUCUGAGGAGCACGUGAGGGGUCCCCCUCCUACAGCGGCAGCGGCAGACUGCACUCGCGCUGACACAGAUUGGAGCGGUUGCCAUGGGGACGGAGUCUGUAACCAGAUGCAUCCUUGGAGCUAUGAGGUAGAAUGGGGCUUCUCCCCAGAGAGAUGGGGGUUCUGUUUUAUAGAGAGGCUCAGAGGAAAGAGCCACAGGCUCCUUCUGUGGCUGUUCCUUGACUCCCGAGGUGCUCUCCUGGAGAUUGAUGGUCUGUGCCUGUGGGUCCUGCCUGGUGCACCUAGAGUGCUGGGUCCUCACCCACCCCCAGAGCUGCCGAUUUCCCCAGGCUGUCCCAGGCUACAGUGUGGAUGGAGAGGGACUAUUCAUGCAGGUCCCCUGUCCCAACACUUGGAGUCAUGCAUAAGGGAGGUGGCCUUACUGGGAUCUCCCGUGUGCUGGGCCUCCAAGCUCGGGACCAUGUCUGACCCUUGUGGCACGCCCAGGAGGAGCCAUGAGUCCUGUGCUUCCUGGGUGGUAAAGCAACUUGCCCAAGGCCACCAGGGGAGGAGACGUGCUGAGGCCAGCUGGUGCAGUGGUGCAGCUGGAGACAGCUCUGCACACACAGGACAGAUGAGGGGAUCAGACUGUAUUGUAAAGGCCUGGACCUGCCGGCCACCUCAUGAGAGUUCCAGCAGGGAUGGGCAGCUUCCGCCUCCCUCUGCCCCCCACCAGCGCCCCAGCUUCCAGGCAUGGGGCCAUGGGAUGCUCCAGUGGCUCGAGCUUCGUCCAGGAGCAGCCCGUUGCCUCCUCAUUGGGCCUGGCGUGCAGCCUGCUGUCGGUCUCUCUGUGGGCACAGACCCUGAGUUCCAUGGGCUCCCCCGCUUCAGAGCUCAUCCCACAUCGCAUCUCUGCUGUCUCUCCUCCAGCCUGGGAUUGGCAUGGCUCUGGUGUGGAUCACACGGUCAGAGAAUAUUUGUUGAUGGAGUGAAGAUCUCCUCUGUUAGACAUGCUCUUGAGGACAGGACCUGGGAUUCAAUAAUCACCUCCGUUUCUUUCUCCAUCCCCCACACCCGGCAGAGUGCCUGGUACAUGGCCAGAGCCCAGGUGGUGAUUGAUUAGAUAAAUGGAUAAAUGAAUGAAUCAUGAGCCUGAAGUCUCCAUGAGCUCAGAGUAGGGCAGGGCAGUACUGCAGGGUACAUCUUUUUUU